CAUGUGCGCGCGCGCGAGCUCGCCCUCGUGGUCACGUGGCCCCCCAGCUCCCGGCGUUCAUCGCUACAGAUCUCCUACUGCCACCUCCCAGAACCCGUCGUUAUGGCUGCUGCCGUGUCCCGCGUCGCUUCUCUCUCCCAACUGCUUCCCCUUUUUCUGGGCCUCUUGCUCCUCUCUGCUCCACGUAGCGGCAGCGGCCUGCAUACUAAGGGCGCCCUCCCCCUGGAUACAGUCACUUUCUACAAGGUCAUUCCCAAAAGCAAGUUCGUCUUGGUGAAGUUCGACACCCAGUACCCCUACGGUGAGAAGCAGGAUGAGUUCAAGCGUCUGGCUGAAAACUCGGCCUCCAGCGAUGAUCUCUUGGUGGCAGAGGUGGGGAUCUCAGAUUAUGGUGACAAGCUGAACAUGGAGCUGGGUGAAAAAUACAAGCUGGACAAAGAAAACUACCCAGUCUUCUACCUCUUCCGUGAUGGAGACUUUGAGAACCCAGUCCCAUAUAGUGGGGUGGUUAAGGUUGGAGCGAUCCAGCGCUGGCUAAAGGGGCAAGGGGUCUACCUAGGUAUGCCUGGUUGCCUACCUACAUAUGAUGCCCUGGCAGGGGAGUUUAUCAGGGCUUCUGAUGUGCAGGCCCGCAAAGCCCUCUUGAAACAGGGGCAGGACAACCUCUCAGUUGUGAAGGAGACUGAGAAGAAGUGGGCUGAACAAUACCUGAAGAUCAUGGGAAAGAUCUUAGACCAAGGUGAGGACUUCCCAGCAUCAGAGAUGACCCGGAUCACCAAACUAAUUGAGAAGAACAAGAUGAGUGACGGGAAGAAGGAGGAGCUCCAGAAGAGUUUAAACAUCCUGACUGCCUUCCAAAAGAAGGGGUCCGAGAAGGAGGAGCUAUAAAAAGGCUCUCCAUUGUUUUUCAGGGUUUGCUGCGGGUGGGGAGGGGAAGAGUUACCUGCUGGCUGUGAGACUUAUGGGAGAUAAUGUGGUGGUGGAAGAUGAUACUAAGCUAGAAAUCUGAGCCUUGAGUGUGCCUGGAUAUUGAUGCUGGUGUGACCAUCCUUGAGACAUCUCUGUAGCUAGUUGGGGUAGGUGGAGCACUCAGAUGGUGAUGCUGCCUCAGAAGGAACUGGUGCUAUAAAGAGUGUACUGCCCAGGUCCUUGACUGGUGUGAUUCUGAUUCAAUUAAAAUGUCAGUGUUUUGGUUAAGUGAA